CAUCCUGCCAAUGCCACCAUGGAGAAUGAGAACUUUUUUGGAACCAGUGUUCAGACAGGGCAAGAAAACUGGAUCCACAAUUUAAAAGAAGAAAUCCAUGUAAUCAAGCUGAGCAACCAACAUCUACAAUGGGAAAUGGCCAACAUUACAGACCAAAUUAAAAGCAAUAAGUCUCAAGGAAUUCCAGGACCUCCUGGUUCCAAAGGAGAAAGAGGAAUUCCAGGAAGAAAAGGUGACCAAGGAGAUAAAGGUGAAAAAGGAGACAUUGGUUUAAGAGGAAUCAAAGGAGAGCCAGGGACAAAUGGGACAGGAUUUUCUGGACCAAAAGGAGAAACUGGAGUUCCAGGAAUAAGGGGAUAUCCUGGGCCCCCAGGAGAGAAAGGUGAAACAGGAGCCAUGGGACCAAAAGGGACAAAAGGAGAACAAGGUGUAGCAGGUUUAACUGGACUAAAUGGUGAAAAGGGUUCAAAAGGGGAUCUUGGGCCUGCUGGACCACAAGGUGAACCUGGAAUGAAAGGACAGAUGGGAGAGAGGGGAUUUCUCGGCUCACCAGGACCAAAAGGAGAAGUUGGUGAAAGAGGAGUCAUGGGCCCAAGAGGACUUACUGGUGCUCCAGGACAGAAGGGAGAGAAGGGAGAACACGGUCAGCAAGGUCCGCAGGGUCCUCAAGGUUUUUCUGGACGACAAGGAGAUAAAGGGGUUGCUGGAGACUUGGGUCCACCAGGAGUUCAGGGUCCAAAGGGCGAACAAGGGGAGAAAGGAGCAGCAAGUAAGCUUCCAGGCCAACCAGGACAGAAAGGUGAUCAAGGGCAAAAGGGUAGCAAAGGAGAUAGAGGACCACCAGGAACACAAGGUCCUAAAGGUGAAAGGGGCAUCUCAGGU